AUGACCAAAUUAUUGAGUUAUAAUCUAGUACUGAUCGUACAUAAGAAUAUAAAGAAAAAUGCCAUAAAUAAAUCAAAAAACAGAAAAGGUCCUAAUGAACUACCAACAGAAUUACUUAAGACUUUGACCAAUUCCACUUGCAUCACACGUUUAAUAGAACUAUUUAAUACUAUAUACGACACUGGUCAUAUACCAAAUGACUGGCUACAAUCCACAUUUGUAGCAAUACCUAAAAAGCCAAACGCAAAGAAAUGCAAUGAAUAUAGAACAAUCAGCCGUAUGAGCCACACACUAAAAAUAUUCUUGAAAGUUAUUCAUGCCAGAAUUUACAAAAAAGCGGAGAAAAAUAUGAGUCAAGAACAUUUGGGUUCCGUAAUGGACUUGGAACUAGAGAAGCUUUAUUUAGCAUACAAAUACUUAUUCAACGAUGCCGUGAUAUCAACCAAAAAAAUUAGGAGAGGAGUUCGACAAGGAUGUAUCCUUUCGCCAAUACUUUUCAAUCUAUAUGCAGAAGAAAUUAUGUCAGAAGCAUUGGAAGAUACGGAAGAAGGUAUUAACAUAAAUGGGAAGGUUAUUAACAACCUGAGAUAUGCAGAUGACACUGUACUGAUAGCUGGCAGCAUAGAAGACCUACAAAAAAUACUAAAUAAAGUUACUACAGCUAGAGAAAACUUAGGCCUAAAUUUAAAUGCCCGAAAAAACCAAAUACAUGAGGAUAAAAGCGAAGAUGUAAAGAAUGCUUUUUACGAUGAGCUAGACAGAGUUUGUGAUGGGCUAUCUUCGGGGAAGCCAAAAAUUAUCAUUGGUGACUUCAAUGCGAAAGUCGGAAGAGAAAGGAUAUACAGACCAACUAUUGGAAUAAACAGUUUGCAUAGUGAGUCCAAUGAAAAUGGAAACAAAUUGAUCUCAUUUGCAGCAGCAAGAAACAUGGUCAUAAGCAGUACAAUGUUUCCGCACAAGAACAUCCAUAAACAGACCUGGAUAUCACCCUGUGGAAGGAUAAAAAACCAAAUAGAUCACAUAGUUGUUGACAGGAGAAUAAGAUCAAGCGUUGAAGAUGUAAGAAGUAUGAAGGGUUGUAGUGCGAUAUCGGAUCACUUCCUGGUAAAGGCAAGGUACAAACUAAAAAUUUCAGUGAAUUGGCAGAAGAAACAGAGCAUCAAAAAAAUUAAUAGAGAGCUACUAAAUAGAAACCAAGCAAAGGAAUAUCAGGGAAAAUUGAACAAAUACCUUUCAAGCGCUGAACAUGAAGCAAAUAUAGAAGAAUUAUGGGGAAGAAUAGAAAAAGCGGUUAAAAGAACCUCAGAAGAAGUUUUGGGUUACGAACCACAGAGAAGGAACAAGCACUGGUUCAAUGAAAUGUGUAGAAAGACCACGGAAGAAAGGGAUAAAGCGAGAUUAAAAGUGCUACAGGACCCAAAAGAAGAAAAUAAAAGAGAAUUAGCCAUGAAACAGAGAGAGGUAAAGAAGACAAUUAGGAUGAACAAGAGAGCAUGGGAAAAAGAAAGAGUACAACUCAUAGAAAGUAGUAGAAAGAAUAAUGCUCGAGUCUUCUUUGGGAAAGCGAAUGAAGUUAAACAUGGGUUUAAACGUAAAACAUCAAUGGUUAGAGGAGAAAAUGGAACUGAAAGGACAAUUAUAGAAGAACGUGCAACAGUAGAACAAAACAUAGAACCACCAUCAAGAGCAGAGGUAGAAGCUGGUAUUGAAAUGCUCAAAAACGGUAAGGCAGCGGGAGAAGAUGAGAUAAUUUCUGAAUGCCUUAAAAAGGGAGGACAACUACUAAUAAACCAGCUACAUAACUUAAUUACUAAAGUUUGA